GGGCGUCCCGGCUCCGGAGCAUAAACAAGAGCGGGCACGGGAUGAGGCGGCGGUUGAUCCCCCGGCAGCCAGCUGCGGCCAGCGAGGCGGCGAGCGGGGCCAGGCGCCGACCCUGAGCGCACCCGACUCGCCCUCCCGCGCACGAGCCCUCAGUCGGGCCCGCCCGCCGCGCGCCCACCAUGAACCUGGCGAGUCAGAGCGGCGAGGCCGGCGCCGGCCAGCUGCUCUUCGCCAACUUCAACCAGGACAACACGUCCCUAGCUGUUGGUAGUAAGUCCGGUUAUAGAUUUUUCUCCCUUUCUUCUGUGGAUAAGCUGGAACAGAUCUAUGAAUGCACUGAUACCGAAGACGUGUGCAUUGUAGAGAGAUUGUUCUCAAGCAGCUUGGUGGCCAUCGUUAGCCUCAAAGCGCCGAGGAAGCUGAAAGUUUGCCACUUUAAGAAAGGCACCGAGAUCUGCAACUACAGCUACUCUAACACCAUACUGGCUGUGAAGCUCAACAGGCAGAGGCUGAUCGUGUGUCUGGAGGAGUCUCUCUAUAUCCACAAUAUCCGGGACAUGAAGGUGCUGCACACGAUCAGGGAGACGCCUCCCAACCCUGCAGGCUUGUGUGCGCUGUCAAUAAACAACGACAAUUGUUACUUGGCGUACCCAGGCAGUGCGACCAUCGGAGAGGUGCAGGUCUUCGACACCAUCAACUUGAGAGCUGCCAACAUGAUCCCGGCUCAUGACAGUCCUUUGGCAGCGCUGGCAUUUGACGCCAGUGGAACCAAGCUGGCCACCGCCUCGGAGAAGGGGACCGUGAUUAGGGUUUUUUCCAUUCCAGAGGGACAAAAACUCUUUGAAUUCCGGAGAGGAGUUAAGAGGUGCGUGAGCAUCUGCUCCCUGGCCUUCAGCAUGGAUGGCAUGUUCCUGUCUGCAUCCAGCAACACCGAGACUGUGCACAUCUUCAAACUCGAAACUGUGAAGGAAAAACCUCAGGAGGAGCCCACCACCUGGACCGGGUACUUCGGGAAAGUGCUCAUGGCGUCCACCAGCUACUUGCCCUCCCAAGUAACAGAAAUGUUCAACCAGGGCAGAGCCUUUGCCACAGUCCGCCUGCCUUUCUGUGGCCACAAGAACAUCUGCUCACUGGCCACAAUUCAGAAGAUUCCCCGGCUACUGGUGGGAGCUUCCGACGGGUACUUGUACAUGUACAACCUGGACCCCCAGGAGGGAGGCGAGUGUACCCUGAUGAAACAGCACAAGUUGGACGGCAGCAUGGAGACAACCAAUGAAAUCUUAGACUCGGCCUCUCACGACUGCCCCCUAGUGACACAGACCUACGGCACAGCUGUUGCCACAGGUACUCACGUGCCUUCGUCUCCCACCAGACUUGCCUACGCAGACGAGCUGGGGGCCGCAGGUGGCGCGUGUCUGGAGGAGGAGGCCGGCGCGCUACGGCUGGAGGAGGACAGCGAGCACCCGCCUCUGAUUCUUCGGACUGACUGAACUUGACCCGUGAACUCUGACCCCUGAAGCAGAGAACACCGGCUGACGGAGGACUUUGUGUUAUGCUGCUAUGAACUGUGAACGGAGUUGGAGAGAGGACGGCAGAGACUUCAAAAGAAAAAAAAAAAAAAAGAUCGUAGCUGUAGCGUCAUUCCAUACUGUUGAGAAAUACAUCGUUUUCACUUUGGGGGCUUUUAAUCCUGCUUAGGAAUCUUAGCUUUUUGUUUGUUUUCUCUAUUUGCCAAAAUUAACUGUCUGGUGAGGCCCUUGAAACCUCCUUGCUUUGCAUGCAUUACUGUGCCAAGCCAGCAGAGGAGAGGAGAAUUAGGAGCCGCUUGGUCACAUCCGCGCGUGUCCGGGUUUUGUGUACAUAGUGAGGCGCGUCCUCAGAGACGGCAGCGGCGAGCAGAGCGGUCGCGGGGGUGCAGGUGGGGUCUGCUCGGGCAGGUCCAAGAGCCCUCCCUGGGCUUGCCAGGCUGGGGCGGCGGCCGCAGGGAGCAGUGCUCGCUCCCCAGAGCUCCUCAUGGGCCCUUUUCCCCGUUUUAUUUUGUUAAUUAAAUUCUUUCCAGAUUGGAUUGCUCUGGGA